UUUGUGGUACGAUGUGGUUUGUUUGCUUGGUAUAUAAAUAGAGUAUGUUUGAAAUAUAAUGAUUCAUAUAUCCGAGGCUGUGACUUUCGUUCUGGACUCAACUGGCUGGGUUAGACAGGGAAGCGAGACCAAUCAGAACCCUAGGUCGUUCUACGUGUUUGUGCGUCUUUGGUCCGAUCAAUAAUCCGCUAUCCCUUAAUCAGCAUAUAUUUUUCACGUUAUAACAAUUGGCGACGGGGUGAAGAAAAGAUACAAUCCAAAGUCAUUCUGUAAUUGGACGAAAUCCAGUCUAAUUAUUCAACUAAUCAGCAUCCAGAUUGUCAUCAGUGUCCUUGAACCACAUUGGUCAUUAGUCAUACAGUAAUUUUCGUCCCAGGCGCUGAUAAAAAAAUGACUCUCCCUUCCGAUCGAUUACAGCUGCUCUAUGAACGACAUUUGGAGUUAUUAGUCAAGUUCCGCACGCAGCUGCUAAGUCAGUCAUGCUAUGAAGAUGCGACGGAAGUGGAUGGAUUGAUAUCUGAGUUACACAGUGAGCUGGAAAAUGACAGCAGCCUCCAUGAAUCCUCGAUUAACUGUACUUCAAAUGGAACGGCAGUCAUCUAUGAUGCGCCCAGUGGUCCAGAACUUUCCAUUUCAGUAACAUGCCCGGUAAUGGACUCAAACUCCAUUAUCCCCAAAACAGCAUGUGCAGACGGUGACUUAUCCAGCUCACAAACACACUCCCCGGUUAAUGGUCAUAGAAUUGUCGCAAUAACCACCCAUGAAACAGAAAACAAAUCGAGAAGCACACUGAAUACAACUGCUUCAAAUGGUUCUCAUCAGUCUGCGACAGAUGUUUUUGACAAAUCUUAUUAUGAAGAUUCUCUUUUACCAGAAAAUGUGCUCCACGCAUCAAAUAAUAACCAAGAACCUGGUACAGUUUUGUUGGACGCCGAUUAUCAUAAUGAUCCACUACUUACUAAAGAUUUAAACCCUGAUGACUUCGAAUUGGAUGGCGUUUAUCCUCAAUAUCUGAUCAAUUUUACUGCAUUCCCUGUGCAAUAUGUUUUAAAGACAAUCAAAUUAAUUGAAGACCCAACAUUAUUUCGAGGGGGAGGAUAGACGCGAAAAAAAUCCAGAUAUUAACUCCGGAUCUUCUUUUUUUUUAAAAAAAAGGGGAGGUGUUAGGUAGUCGGAAAAAUAGACCAAUAAUUAUCAUG